AUGAGUGAUAGUAAUUUUAAGGAUCUUGAUAGUAGUGAUAUAAUAGGUAGUAAAUCAAAUCUAAACAUUAUUAGAAGUGGUAAUCGUUUAUCUCCAAGUGGUCUUUCACCAAAUAUGACUUCACUAAAUAGUAAUACUAGUAUAGGAAAUAAUAGCGGAAAUGCAAAUAAUUUAAUUAAUAUAAAUGGAAAUAAUAAUAUCAAUAAUGGUAAUCAAAAUACACCAAAUAGUAUACGAGUGAAUAAUAAUAAUAAUAAUAAUAAUAAUGGUAAUAAUAAUAAUAUUAAUAAUGGGGGCAAUAAUUCUUUGAACCCGAAUGAUAAAUUAAACAAUAAUAAUAAUAACAAUAAUAAUAUUAAUAACUCAUUUAGUAUAAGCGAUAAAAAUUUAGGAAAUAAUAAUAAUAAUAAUAAUAAUAAUGGCAACAUUAAUGGAAAUAAUAAUAAUUCUAUAUUAACUAAUAGUAUGGGUAGUGAAGGUAAUUUAUCGGAUCUCCCACCACUUUCUGCUAAUUAUGGACAUUCUACAAGUCAUUUCGAAUCAAAUUUUGAUAAUUAUAUGGUACAUGAUAGGCAAUGCUCUACAUAUGCUGAUAGAGUUUUAUUUUCAAAUAAAUAUUAUUAUUCAUAUAUUGUUAUGAUAUUAUUAAAUUUAAUUUUAAUUAUUUGGUUAAUUACAAAUUUAAUAAAAAAGAAUACAUCGGUACCAUCACAUUGGAUUUUUAUAGUACUAGAUAUUUUGGUUAAUGUUACAUUAUCAGUUGAAAUUAUAUUACAAAUUAUAUCACAAAAGAAAAAGUACUUUCAAACAUGGGCAAAUAGAUUCGAUCUUUUUGUUUUGGUAAUUUCUAUAUGCGGUUUAUUUUUAUAUUUUCAUUCAUCAAGCUCUGACAAUUAUGACUAUGAAGGUGUGGUCAUUAUUUUCUUAACUGCUAUUAGAUACUUUUUCCAAUUCCUAAGAUUAAUAGCUUUAAUUAAUAGACAAAAACUUAAAAAGAGUACAUUCAAUUCAAGAGUUGAUUUCACUGAACUAAGAGAAAAUGAUAUUGAUUUUGAAAUCGACUCUGCUGACGAUUUUUAA